AUGCCCACUACAGUUGUCGUCAAGACCUCGCCUCAGAAACUCAUCAGAAACAGCGGGCGAAGUCACUCUUACCAGGAUUCCCAGAAGUGCAAGCCUGGCACAGGAUUCAAGCCCUCCCUUAUUUCAAAAGCCACAUCAUUACCAGCCUCGCCUCUCUCUGGCAGGAGAGGGGAAGACUUAGUGACAAAGAGCACACUUUUAGCUCAACACAGGGUCAAAGAUUCACCAGAAGUAGAGGAUCCAGAGAACAGAAACAAUCUUCUUACACCAGUAUCCUCUGAAUCUGAGUCUCUCACCAUAGACAACCAUUUAUCGCAGUGUUUGGGUUAUCCUAGCAGUAUUUGGUGUGAGGCUGCCAAAAGUGAUAUACCAGUUACAGGUCAAUGCAAGCUGGUGCUCCAGCCCAUUGCAGAUCCUGAAGACGAAGCUGCGGUUGACUACGACUACAUCAACUGUUUUCUUCUUGUUGAGAUGCCAAGUCGUAUCCAUGAGGCUCCCUGCACGGUGUUGAAGUCGUGGUUCGACACUUAUUUAGCAAGCCUUGACUUCAAUCGCGGCCUCGUAGACACGCAAGUAUUCCUGAAUGCCGAUAUCGAAACGGACACGCUCUCCACCAUUCCAGAUCUGACAAUGACUUUCAAUGCAGGACCCCCUCGCAGACCCCUCAAGGAGGUCAUCCCCGUCCUCGCAGAAACCGCAUGGUCUCAGAACACCAAUCCUCUUAUCACCAAACCCAAGAAACAAAUCACUGCCAAGCCGGAGAUCUUAAUGGUCUUCAUGGCUCUUAUCCGUGAAACCACUAAAUAUCAGUCACCUGUACAUUCGUCGUUCACGUGGAAAACACUUUGUAAGGGGAAAUCACUUCAUUCACUCGAAUCCUUCCUCGCAUUCCAACCUGCCGACGUCAAAUCAACUGAUCCCAUCUCCGUGGCGGACCACACAUGGCUGAGUCUCCACCCCAUCGAUAUCAAACUUGUCCCCGGCAAACGCACAGCUCGCGGUAGAUUAUUUCCUGACCCGCACAUGUCCACCGUCAAUGGUAUGAUCAACAAGGGUCUAACCUUGAUCAAACAAUGUCUGGGUAGCCUCUGCAAGGAGGUGAACCCUCAAUACGACAUCACGCAACUGCUACAAUCCGGUAUCCCUUUCCCUUUUGCAUGGAACAGGAUGUGGAAUGCGAUAGAUGUGGCAUCGGGAGUCACUGCCCAUAAACGCUAUCUACAGUGGUACCAGAAGUCUUCAUCUAGGGGCACCAAGCGCUUGGAGCGCUCAGACUCCCCCAACAAUGAGGCAUCGUCCUCGAACACUCGUGCCCGCACCAUCCCUGAUACUGUCUUGUCUGCACAACCCGGUGCCGCCGUAGCCAGUGGUGAUGGUGCGCCAUCCGCUGAAAAGUCCCAGAGCAAGAACAAGAACAGGCGCAGCAAGCGCAAGAGCAAGGGCAAAGGCAAGGGUAACUAG